AUUGUUAGCCGGAGCCGGGACGGUUCUGGGCUUUGCUGCCCGGGGAGCCGGAGUGCAGAGCCGCCCGCCCCCCGCCGCCUGCCGGCCGGCCCACACACCCUGCAGCCCCGAGAGCCACGCGACGGGCCCGGGAGCCGGCACGCCUCGAUCUCCCCUCCUUGCACACGGACUGAAUAGGCAGCGAGGGCGGCGGAGACCGUGACGGGAGAAGCGGCUGCGGAGGGGCCGAGUCCUCAUGCUCCUGGCUAGCUGGUGGUGAGCAGCUUGGGGCCAUCGUGGUUGGCUCCCCAAGGAGACCUUUGGAAGCCAAUGGAUGCGUUCUCAGGCUCAGGCCUCAAGAGGAAAUUCGAUGAUGUGGACGUGGGCUCGUCAGUCUCCAACUCGGAUGAUGAGAUGUCCAGCAGCGACAGUGCAGACAGCUGCGACAGCCUUAACCCUCCUACGACUGCCAGCUUCACACCAACAUCCAUCCUGAAGCGACAGAAGCCCCUGCGGAGGAAGAAUGUCCGCUUUGACCAGGUGACUGUGUACUACUUCGCCCGGCGACAGGGUUUCACCAGCGUGCCCAGCCAGGGUGGAAGCUCUCUGGGGAUGGCCCAACGCCACAACUCUGUGCGCAGUUACACCCUCUGUGAGUUUGCACAAGAGCAAGAGGUGAACCACAGAGAGAUUCUUCGUGAGCACCUGAAGGAGGAGAAACUUCAUGCCAAGAAAAUGAAGCUAGCCGAAGAAACGGGGCGGGUGGAGUCCGUGGGAGGCGGCAGCUUGACCCUCGACGACGUUUCAGGCGAAGACAUCGAUGGGAGAAGCGUGGAGGUGGAUGACUGCUUCUUCUCCAGCCCCUGCCCAAGCAAACGGCGGGGCCUGCUGAGGGCUUCGGGGUCCACGCAUCGAUGCCGGGAGAAGCAGGGCUCAGAGCCAUCCGCAUCUCGGGAAGAGUGUGGCUGUGACUGUCGGCUCUACUGUGACCCAGAAGCCUGUGCCUGUAGCCAGGCUGGGAUUAAAUGCCAGGUGGAUCGAAUGUCCUUUCCUUGCGGCUGCUCCAGGGAUGGCUGUGGAAACAUGGCUGGGCGGAUUGAGUUUAAUCCGAUCCGAGUGCGGACUCACUACCUCCACACCAUCAUGAAGCUGGAGCUGGAGAGCAAAAGGCAGGUGAGUCGCCCGGCAGCCGCUGAGGAUGAGCCCCUGCCGGGAGCGCAGAGCUCGGAGACACAGGACUUCCAGGAGUUCAUCGCUGAGAACGAGACUGCAGUGAUGCAUCUGCAGAGUGCAGAGGAACUGGAGCGGCUCAAGGCCGAGGAGGACUCGAGUGGCUCGAGCGCGAGCCUGGACUCCAGCAUGGAGAGCCUGGGCGUGUGCAUCCUAGAGGAGCCCCUGGCUGUUCCCCAGGAGCUGUGUCCAGGCCUUGCAGCCCCCAUUCUCAUCCAGGCUCAGCUGCCCCCAGGUUCCUCCGUCCUGUGUUUUACUGAGAACUCAGAACACCCAGCCGCCUCCCCGAUGAGCAGCCCAUCCUACUUGAACAGUGGACCUCUGGUGUACUACCAGGUAGAGCAGAGGCCGGUCGUGGGAGUGAAAGCAGAGUCUGGUUCAGAAGAAGGCACAGCCUCCUUCCCCAAGGAGAAAGAUCUGAGUGUCUUCUCCCUCCCUGUUACCUCACUGGUGGCUUGCAGCCCUUCAGACUCAGCUGCUCUCUGUAAACCGGAAGUGGGGAAAGCACCCGGUCUCAACAAACGCUUGCCUGACGACUGUAACCGUAAGGAGCCCGAGAGCGAAGACUUCCACGCGUCUUGGUCUCCCUCAAGCCUGCCCUUCCGAACAGACGAUGAAGAAGGCUGUGGAGUGCAGAACUCCCAGAGUGAGGACCGGACCCCUGAAGACUCAGCCCUAGAACUCCCUCUGGCGGUGUGACUGAGAUACGUUGUCCAUUCUCUAUUUAUUAUCUAAUGCCAUUUCACAACAGGACUGCUGCUCCCAGGUUGUUUUGCUGGAAGUCUUAGGGAAGUGGGUAGGAAAGGUUAGUACAUGUGGUUUCUGAGAGCGCAUACCCAGGAGACCAGCCCCAGCUGCAGGGUCCGUCACCAUGCUCUCUGGGCCACCAGAACAAAGGUGUCGAUCACGGAGCGAGCUCAGCAGCUCAAGCGGCUCUCUAUGCCUAAUGCCAGACCCAAGCAUUGAGCAGCUCCCGGCUCCACGCUGGCUCCUCACAUCCCGGCGCCUUGUAGCAGCCACACUAGUGGGAAGGCCACUCAGCUGAGCCUACAAUGGAGGGGAGGCCCCAGAAGAGCCUCUGCUUCUGUACAAAACUCCCAGGGGCUCAGAAUGUUUGUUCUGCCUUGUCCCCGCCCCUUUAACUGGUAAUAAGUAAAUUUCCAACGUGUUUGGUGUUCCCUGA